GAACUGGCAAGUCUUUUCCUUGAAGAAAACCUUCCCUAGCUAGAGUGUCAGCAAGGUCUUUGCAGGAGUUUGCCACUGUCCUCAGGAAUCUUGAAGAUGAACGGAUACGGAUGAUUGAAAAUGCCAGCGAGGUGCUCAUCACUCCCUUGGAGAAGUUUCGAAAGGAGCAAAUUGGGGCUGCCAAGGAAGCCAAAAAGAAGUAUGACAAAGAGACAGAGAAGUAUUGUGGCAUCUUAGAGAAACACUUGAAUUUAUCUUCUAAAAAGAAAGAAUCUCAGCUGCAGGAGGCAGACAGCCAAGUGGACCUGGUCCGGCAGCAUUUCUAUGAAGUAUCCCUGGAAUAUGUCUUCAAGGUGCAGGAAGUCCAAGAGAGAAAGAUGUUUGAGUUUGUGGAGCCUCUGCUGGCCUUCCUGCAAGGACUCUUUACUUUUUAUCACCAUGGUUACGAACUGGCCAAGGAUUUCGGUGACUUCAAGACACAGUUGACCAUUAGCAUACAGAACACAAGAAAUCGCUUUGAAGGUACCAGGUCAGAAGUGGAAUCAUUGAUGAAAAAGAUGAAGGAGAAUCCCCUUGAGCACAAGACCAUCAGUCCCUACACCAUGGAAGGAUACCUCUACGUUCAAGAGAAACGUCACUUUGGAACUUCUUGGGUGAAGCACUACUGUACAUACCAGAGGGAUUCCAAACAAAUCACCAUGGUACCAUUUGACCAAAAGUCAGGAGGAAAGGGGGGUGAAGAUGAAUCAGUCACCCUCAAAUCCUGCACACGGCGGAAAACAGACUCCAUUGAGAAGAGGUUUUGCUUUGAUGUAGAAGCAGUAGACAGGCCAGGAGUUAUUACCAUGCAGGCAUUGUCAGAAGAGGACCGAAGGCUCUGGAUGGAAGCCAUGGAUGGCCGGGAACCUGUCUACAACUCGAACAAAGACAGUCAGACCGAAGGGACUGCACAGUUGGACAGCAUUGGCUUCAGCAUAAUCAGGAAAUGCAUCCAUGCUGUGGAAACCAGAGGGAUCAAUGAGCAAGGGUUGUACCGAAUCGUGGGGGUCAACUCCAGAGUACAGAAACUGCUGAGUGUCCUGAUGGACCCCAAGACAGCUUCUGAGACAGAAACUGAUAUCUGUGCUGAAUGGGAGAUAAAGACCAUCACUAGUGCUCUGAAGACCUACCUAAGAAUGCUUCCAGGACCACUUAUGAUGUACCAGUUUCAAAGAAGUUUCAUCAAAGCAGCAAAGCUGGAGAACCAGGAAUCUCGGAUAUCUGAAAUCCACAGCCUCGUUCAUCGGCUCCCAGAGAAAAAUCGGCAGAUGUUACAGCUGCUCAUGAACCACUUGGCAAAUGUUGCUAACAACCACAAGCAGAAUUUGAUGACUGUGGCCAACCUUGGUGUCGUGUUUGGACCCACUCUGCUGCGCCCUCAGGAAGAAACAGUGGCAGCCAUCAUGGAUAUCAAAUUUCAGAACAUUGUCAUUGAGAUCCUGAUAGAAAACCAUGAAAAGAUAUUUAACACCGUACCUGAUAUGCCUCUCACCAACGCCCAGCUGCACCUGUCUCGGAAGAAGAGCAGCGACUCCAAGCCCCCGUCCUGCAGUGAGAGGCCCCUGACGCUGUUCCAUGCUGUGCAGUCCACAGAGAAACAGGAACAAAGGAACAGCAUCAUCAAUUCCAGUUUGGAAUCUGUCUCAUCGAAUCCAAACAGCGUACUUAAUUCCAGCAGCAGCUUACAGCCCAACAUGAACUCCAGUGACCCAGACCUGGACGUGGUCAAACCCACUCGGCCCAACUCACUCCCCCCGAAUCCAAGCCCAACUUCACCCCUCUCGCCAUCUUGGCCCAUGUUCUCGGCGCCAUCCAGCCCUGUGCCCACCUCAUCCACGCCCAGCGACUCAUCCCCCGUCAGCACACCGUUCCGGAAGGCGAAAGCCUUGUAUGCCUGCAAAGCUGAACAUGACUCAGAACUUUCGUUCACGGCAGGCACAGUCUUCGAUAAUGUUCGUCCGUCUCAGGAGCCUGGCUGGUUGGAGGGGACUCUGAAUGGAAAGACCGGCCUCAUCCCGGAGAACUACGUGGAGUUCCUCUAACCAUGGGCCCCAGCAGAACUGCUGAGCUUUACAUGGUAUCCAUGACAACUGCUGAUUCCAGUGUUGUAGGCCAUUUCUCUUUGCCACUGAGAAAUGCAGCGUGACUGAGUCUGUUGCUACCUGUGAACGCGAAUGUUUCUGUGAGCUCUGGUGUCACCUAUCUCCGUGAUCAUCUCAGCUGACACUUGGCGAUACUGCAAGAAGCAGAAGUCAAUCAGCAGGGGAAGCCUUUUGCUUUUGGUAACGGAGAGAAGGCUUGCAGAGCCCUCCUCGCGGGAGGACCCUAACUAGGGAGCACUCCUUUUGCUUCGACAGUCAUCCAAACCCCCAGCCUUCCGGAAGAGGAAGCAAAGCCCUUGAGAGCAUACCGCAUAGCUAAGUCUGCCAGGGCUGGAUGGAAAAAUUGGCACCGAGACCCAACUGGGUCCUUUGCUUUUGUUUACAUUAGACACUCUCCCUGCCCCACCUCUAAAUACUUGAGACCCACAGUGCUGCAGGCAGCUGGGCCUCUCUCUUUGCACGCAGGAUGAAGGGGGUUACAGCACUGCUUAUGUAAGAUCCAAUCUCUCACCACCUCUGGAGCAGCCCUUGGCCCAUCAUCAGUGCAAUUCAGUCCGGUCCGCCUCUCAUGCAAGGGAACACCCCCCCCACACACAACAUUUCCUCCUCCCCAGCUAGGAACUUCUCUGCCACCAAGGGUUGCUGUCACCUAGUAACCAUGGCAACUCAACCUACUCUAAAACCAAACCAAACCAAAAAAAAAAAAAAGAAUACUUUUUGCCUGAUACAUUUUUUUCUCUCUCCCCACAACACUUUAGGUAGUUUUUUAAAGUGGGUUUUCAACCACCUGAAGGAGAAGAUCAAGGAAUUGGGGUGGUCUACUUAGGGUAGAUAGGAUAGCAGAUGGGAACCGUUCCCUUGCUGAUGAAUUUCAACAGCAUCAGGAUAUAUUUGGAGCAAACUCUAGUAACCUCUGAGAUUAAAUUACAUACAGGCUUAUAUUUCUGUUCUUCUGGGAAAUUGGUGUUUGCUUUCGAGUGGGUAAGAUGCUGCCUUCCCUUUGUCUGACAGGGUCCCCAUGUCCUGUGUCCACUCAUAGCAUGUCCAUUCAUGCUGCCUUCCCUCUGUCUGACAGGGUCCCCUGUCCUGGCCUUGCCUGCCUCUAACCCACCACUGACCCAGCCCCCUUGCACUGCUCGGGACUACUGACUAGCACUGGGGAUGAUGGUGGUUUUCAAGGAUUAAUUCCUGGGCUUACCCCUAUGGCCAGUUUAGAAGGAUAUCUGUGUUCACUGCCACUCAGAAAAAGGGAAUUCUCAGUCUUUCAAGGCAUGAGACUAACAUCCUAAGCUGUUGUGAUUCAGGAAGAUACUAGAAGGUUGGGGCACCGAGGGUGGGAUGGGUGCCUAAUGAGAAAGGGAAUUUUCUGAUCAAAAGGGUCUAUGUGCUGUGGAAGGCUACCUUGGAUGGGGAAGUUCUGCUUGGACUUUAAAUCCACCCAUCCUUUAAAGAGUAGCGUCAUCAGUGUCUUCCACAUGGAAUGUCCUUGCAAGGGUGACUCUGGUUAAACUACAGAGUCCCGUCAGCUCCCAGGAGCCCUCACAUGGCAGCUCCAGAGUGCUUCCUGCUUCUGGAAUUCCUCACUGGGGAACUUCAAAGAAGAAAAGAAAAACUUGAAUUGUGUUGAAUUACUGUACCUUUUACAUUUUUUUGAAAAGAUAAACUUGUAAAUAGAGUGAUUUGAAAUACUAUAUGGUAAAGUUUUAUAUUUGAUAUUCUUUAAGCCUAGUUGCUUUGAUUUAGGCUUUGAUUGUUGAAUAGGCAGAUUUCAAAGGGAGAGAGAGGAGGCGAGGUUGCAGAGAGGGGAGGUCUUCAGGUCCUCUCUGGCCUGGCGGGAGGAGAAGACAUUCCCAGGUGCUCACUUUCCGCUGGUUCUGGUGGGUGUGACACGUCCCCAUGUUCGAUCUUUACUUACAUGUGCUUUUCAUCAUUCCUGGGGCUUUGGGUUUGGAACUGGAAAGAGCAUCAUGAGGCAUUGAGUUUUUCAAAGAAUUCUUACUUAGUAAGAUGCAGCUCAGGAUUUCAGUAGGUGGGGCCAGGGUUCCAUUUUUAGUUUUUCUUCUCAGGUGUAUUUCUUGGCACCCCCAAGAUACAGGACAGGAGGUGAAACAAUUACUGUGCCCCUUCCUCCUCUGCUCCACAUCUUCUAAGGCUUUAUAAAUGAGGCCAAGCUAGUUCCCAAACUUUGUGUACAUCUAUAAGUUCUUUAAAAAACAGAAACAAAACCCCCAGCUUUUUAUAAUCUUUAGUUCUUGAUGUGCUGCUGCUGCCCCUGUUCCUCGGCUUGUUUAUUCCUUUCCCUUCUACCUCCAGGUUCCCUAAGACCCCCAAAUAAGAAAAAGUCCCAGAGGAAUGUACAUUGUGCCAUUACAGCUUUAAAGAUGGCUUUAAAGUUAUCAGGGGUUCAUCGCUGCGAACCCCUCAGUCUGUCAGCCCCAGGAUUUCACAGCUGUUAUUCAGGAACUCACUGAAGAGCAAGCAGAAUGUGACUGUUGAAUCAGGGAAUAAGAAUAAGAAAGGGCAAGACCAGGAUAGAACUCCAAAGAGCUAUCGUUCAAAACUUAAAAAGAAAGGGCAUGUAUUCCUAGGGGGGCCUACUCCCUCUGGACUUGGAAGCAGCAAGUUAGGAGAUGGGGCUUCUGGGCCUGUGCGUUCAUAUACCAUUGGAUUUCCAGUUAGCGCCAAGAUGCUUUUUUAACAUACUCAACAUUUUAAGUUGUCAUCUGCCCCUGUCAAAAGCCUACCUGGAGCUCGUGGAAAGGAACAGAAGGCCAAGACCCUUGCUCUAGGAGGUCCUCACUGAAGCAUACCUGUGACACUUGGCCCCCUCCCUCCUGAGGUAACCCUGUUGAGAAGCCAGAGGGAAACAGAGCUGCUACGGAUGGCAUCCUUUAGCUAGACCCAUUCGCAGCUUCCCUGUGGCCGUGCUGGGCCUGUGACGAGUGGCUGCCCUGCCUCCCUUUGCCCAGCCAACCUCCCUCCCUCCCCUUAGCUACAGAACUGGAGAAACUGUUCCGAAUAUGAGCCAACAAGUCCAAAGGCACUUAAAGACUAAAAAUAGACUUUAUUCUCCACUAUCCAGGCCCCCAGCCCCCUGUCUCUGCUUGAACAGGGAACUUUAGUGGGUAUCAGAGUGGAAAACCGUUGACCAGGAUCCCUGGGCUUUCCCAACAGCCUCAUGUUUCCUUUACAAGGCCCGGAGGUCAGGUAGCCAGAGCCUGAAUCUUUUAGGAGUAUGAAGAUUUUUCUGUCCUUCGGGUUACUUGCUGAGUUUCUGAGCUACAGAAUGCCAUGCCGUGCAGAGAUAACUGGUUUCAAAUCCUUGCCCUAUGGCAGUAAAAUUGUGACUUGCUCAAGGCUGCAGCUAAUCUCUCCUGCACCUCCAAGUGAGCACAGAGGGCGGACCCUGUGCAGUGCGGCCUGCCUUCACAUCCUAGAACUGGAGCCAGCUUUGAGCUUAGUGUUUUUAGGAU